UUAUGUAUCACUACAUCACACCUAAUAUCAGAACUACUUUCGUAACCUUCACCUUCAAAUUUGACAGCUAAACAAACUAGCAAAACAUGAUGAAAAUAGCGAAUCCUAGAAGGCUGGCAUCAAUACAUAUUUUAAAAGAUGUCAUCUCGGUCAGGAAAUGUCAGCUCUGUGGCACGGCGAGACAUUUUGCCAGCAGAUUAACGGAUGAAAAGAAGAGAGAGAUACUAGAAGGGCCUGAUCUUGCAGAUUUUAUAGAAGCAAGCUUUUCAGAUGGAAAAGUUGGUGAAAAUAUGGUGCAAAAGAAAGGAGAAAGGGUACGACUACCAAAGUGGCUACAGACAGACAUUCCAGUUGGGAAGAACUACCACAGGAUUAAACAGAAUCUCAGGGAUCUCAAGUUACAUACAGUCUGUGAAGAAGCGAAGUGUCCCAACAUAGGCGAGUGUUGGGGUGGGGGGGAGCACGGCAUUGCAACUGCCACCAUCAUGGUCCUUGGGGACACAUGUACGCGAGGCUGUAGAUUCUGCUCCGUAAAGACAGCCAAGAACCCCCCACCCCCUGAUCCUAAAGAGCCAGUGAACACGGCCAAGGCCAUUGUGUCGUGGGGAUUGGAUUACGUUGUUCUCACCUCAGUGGACAGAGAUGAUAUGCCUGACGGUGGCGCAGCACAUUUUGCUGAAACUGUGAGAGAAAUUAAAAAAGGAAAGCCCUCACUGCUAGUGGAAUGUCUCACGCCAGAUUUCAGAGGUGACUUGAAGUGUGUGGAGACAGUGGCUGACUCAGGGCUUGAUGUUUACGCUCACAAUGUCGAGACAGUGGAGGAUCUGCAGUGGAUGGUUCGAGACCCGCGUGCAAACUACAAGCAGUCCCUGUCUGUGCUGCGUCAUGUGAAGAUGUUCAAACCAAGCCUCGUCACAAAGACCUCAAUCAUGCUGGGCCUAGGAGAGACAGAUAGCCAGGUCCUCAGAGUGCUGGAAGACCUACGAAAGAUAGAUGUGGAUGCUGUGACCUUGGGACAGUACAUGCAACCAACAAAGAGACAUAUCAAGGUGAAGGAGUACAUCCACCCGGACAAGUUCAAGGCCUGGGAAGAGGUGGGUCACAAGAUGGGCUUUGCCUAUACAGCCAGUGGGGCUCUAGUGAGGUCCUCAUACAAGGCAGGAGAAUUUUUCCUGAAAAAUCUUCUUAACAAGCGCAAGGCAGAACAAGGAUCCGCAAGCAGUAAUUCAACAUGACAAGUCUGAAACUUCAAUAGGCUGUAACGGGCUUGUGAUAGCAUUGCACAGUGUUCUCAGCUUUGUGGAUUAUUACUCUCCUUUUUUCUGUGAUUUGAGGAGUUUUUUAUCAAAUCUCUUCAUAGUUUGAUACAUUGUAUGGUGUUUUGUUUACUCAAGCCAUUAAAUAAAGUUUGACAAGCCAUUAAAUAAAUUGUUUAACUUUAAAGCACGACGUCAAUCCAGCUGAAUAGACUGGAAAGGAAGAUAAUAUUCAAUGUUAUUUAAAUACUAUACAAAUAAUGGUUUAAGACUUUAUUUCUUUCUUUAUAUGGCAUAUGUUCUGAAGAAACCUAAUAACUGGAAAUAGUAAUGGUCAAAUGUAGACCUGAUUUGUAUGCCCCCACAAAGUAAGAUGCAUUAAGCAUUAUGGCCCUUUGUCACUUUUUCCCACUAUUGUUAAACUCUAUCAUACUGGCACAUUUAUGUUUUUUCCAGCAUUAAAGCUGAAGAAAUAAUGUUUUAUGAAAGCUAGUCCACUUUAUCCGACUAGGAGAUUUGUCUGUGCCCAAGCAGUUUAAAUGGGGGGCUAGUUGUUAGUGACACUAGUAUUUUUUUCUGUUUUUAAAGUAAACUAAUGAAAUAUUCAUUUAGACCAAAAGACCUGAAAUUGACCUGACUUUUGCUGGGUAUAGCGAAUAUUAGGUUAACACUGUGGUUUAUAAUGAAGAAAGUGAUAAUUUAGCUGUAUAUUAUUCAUAUUAUUUGUAAUAUUCUGUUUUUUGUGAUUGUACAUUGGAUAAACAUUUUAAAACACUA